CUCUUCUCUUUCAUUUCCUAAUGUUGCCUCAAAGAAGUGUGUCGUUAAAAGUUUUAUCCGUGUUUAUAAAAAGGUGAAAAUGGAUUACUAGUUGCCGCUGCACAAGCCGCGCACCCUCGGUGCCCCAGUACACCCGAAAAAAUUAGGAAAGUUAUGAUGGCCAAAAUGGCAUCCUUUACAAGCAAAAUGGCGUCACAAGCCACAACAAAAAACCAACAACAAACAUCUUACAACCAAUCAACAUCAUCGCCAAUCGAACCACCAACUUCAUUGUGCUUAACAUCGACAACAGUUGACCGCGAUGAUGGAGUCCUUUCAAUUCUUGGACAGCAGCCACUGGGAGGGCAAGCUGGAGCCUUCGUCUCCGAGCAGCUCCCAGGACUCCUCCUCCUUCAUUGAGGAGGAGCUCAUUCUCGAAGCCUACGAUUUCUGCAAUGAUGGUCUUUUCAACAACGCCCUCUUCGAUUUUGAACCUGAAACCAAACCGAGUCUAACAUCGGACUUGAUGAAAGAAAUGCCCAUUGUAAUAGCCAUACCAGCGGCUGAUAAAAUUGAAAAAGAUCAAUGGCUGGACCAGAAGCUAAAACAACCGCUUCCGGCUGGGACGACCGGCUACAUGCCGAUGUCCCCGUCUGCACUGGUGGCGCUCACCGUUGCCGAAAUCGGGCCCUUCUCCCAUCAGCAGCAGCCGCAGAAGGUCGUGCUGCAGAACACCGAACAGCUGCUGAUGGAAUUUGACUACGUGUACGAAAAUGUCGAACUGACCCACCUGACGCCGCCACAGACCCCACCGCAGCAGCAAGAUUGCAGCGCCGGAAAUCAACAUGGUCAGCAUGGAGUGCAAUCCCAAGGAUUCCAAUCGGCGAUAGAUUCCCAGCAACCGCAGCAGUACUACGGAGGCUAUGGAAUGAUGCUGGAACCGGUCCAAGCUAUCGCUCCGGAGUCGCUUCAACAGGUUCCGGUCACCGAGUAUCAGCUGGCGGACAGUUUCGGCUUUCAACCAGUCGACGAGGUCGAAAAUAUCGCCCGCAAUUUGGAGCUGGUCGAAGAAAUCGUACGUUCACGUUCCAAGGACCUCCCGAACUUCAACGACGAUGCUUCUUGCUCGUUCUCCGAAGCCGGUUCCGAUUCCAGUCCGAUGAGCGAUGACUCGAGCUCGUCAUACUGCGGCUCUGCCUAUUCCCGAGAUCAUGAGGACGACGAGUGGAGUCCAAGUCGUAGUUCGAACAAAAAAAUCGGCAAGGUUUCCGGCGGAGGAAUCACGAAAAAACGCUCCGCACGUCCUUACGGUCGCGGCAUUGAGGACAAAAAGUCGCGCAAGAAGGAACAAAACAAAAACGCAGCUACCCGGUACCGUCAGAAGAAAAAAGCCGAAAUCGAAGAGAUUCUCGUUGUUGAAAACGAACUGCGGGAAAAGAAUGAAGAUUUGAAAAGGAAAUCGAACGACAUUGGGCAAGAAAUUCGGUAUCUUAAAAAUCUGAUGCGUGAAAUUUGCAAAGCUAAGGGCUUGAUUCAAUGAAGUCGAAAGCUUUAAAUUUAUAUUUACACUUUUUCUUUGUUUAUUUCUACAUUUGAUUCCCAUUUGUCACGGUGGAUUAUAAUUCUAGGAUAUUAGUUCUGUAAGGUUUGCUUUUCGAUUCUUUAUUCUCACUUCCCUGUCGAGAGUUAAGGAAUCUUUUUUUUUAUUAGCUUGUAAUCGUUAUUCAUCAACACCCUUAAAGUAGAUUAAGCUAAAAUGAUUUAAGAGCGUUGACCGUCAAAGAAAGUAACAAUGUAGUGCUUUGUAGGCUUCGAAAUGAUGAUAACAGCAUUACAUCGAUCCCAUGCUCCAAGAUGUAGAACACUGACCACCAGAGUUGACAAUCCAUCCCGGUAUUUGCCAACGAGAGAUCGGUCGUGGAUUGUGGUCCCUGUGUAUGAUGUCCUUACAAGGCUGAAGCUCUGCAGCGGUAUCCAAUUCCGGCACACGAUCUCUCGGGCGAAGCUGUGCUUACCGAUUUGCAUGAAAAUCUCCUCUGAUCGAAACCAAUAUACUUAAACCAAUUUUUAACAAAACAUAAAAAACUUCUUAAUUCUUUGGAAACAGUUUUCUUAACAUUCGAUAAAGAUCUUCGAAAAAAUUCCCGCUCUCCCAUGCUAAGCACAGUUUGAUCGGACACGAUCCGAAGGGGCGAUUAGUUGCACUGUGUGGUCCGGUGAUGAUGAAUAUUUUGCUAUCUGUAACAGUUAAGAAAAUUGAGCAUCAAUCAACAACACAACAAUAUGAACCAACUAAGUUUUACUAUGAUGCAAUUACAUUGUGAAACUACCGCAGAAAGUAGGGCAGUGGGUAGGAAGACGAAAUGUCAUGUCAGAUGCGUUCCCUGCCCUUUGCAGGCUCUGAAAGUUGAACGUGUAAUUAAAGGGUUAAGAAGAAA